AUGCAGUCUCUCAACAUCACCCGGGAGCAGUUCUCCCGGCUGCUACGCGACCACAACCUGACCCGUGAGCAGUUCAUCGCGCGGUACGGGCUGCGGCCCCUGGUCUACACCCCGGAGCUGCCGGGGCGUGCCAAGCUGGCCUUAGUGCUCACCAGCGUGCUCAUCUUUGCUCUAGCAUUCUUUGGCAAUGCGCUGGUGGUCUACGUGGUGACCCGCAGCAAAGCCAUGCGCACCGUCACCAACAUCUUUAUCUGCUCCUUGGCGCUCAGCGACCUGCUCAUCGCCUUCUUCUGCAUCCCGGUCACCAUGCUCCAGAACAUCUCUGAUACCUGGCUGGGGGGUGCUUUCAUUUGCAAGAUGCUGCCAUUUGUCCAGUCUACUGCUAUCGUGACAGAAAUUCUCACCAUGACCUGCAUUGCUGUGGAAAGGCACCAGGGACUUGUGCAUCCUUUUAAAAUGAAGUGGCAAUACACCAACAGAAGGGCCUUCACCGUGCUAGGUGUGGUUUGGCUGGUGGCAGUCAUCGUUGGAUCACCCAUGUGGCAUGUGCAACGCCUUGAGGUUAAGUAUGACUUCUUAUAUGAAAAAGAACAUGUCUGCUGUCUGGAAGAGUGGGCCAGCCCUGCACACCGGAAAAUCGAUACCACCCUCAUCCUUGUCAUUCUCUUCCUCCUGCCUCUCAUGCUGAUGCUUAGCCUCUACAGUAAAAUCGGCUAUGAACUUUGGAUAAAGAAGAGAGUGGGCGAUUGCUCAGUGCUCCGAACUAUUCAUGGAAAAAAAAUGUCAAAAAUAACCAGGAAGAAGAAGCGAGCUGUCAUUAUGAUGGUGACGGUGGUGGCUCUCUUUGCUGCGUGCUGGGCACCUUUCCACAUUGUUCACAUGAUCACUGAAUACAGCAAUUUUGAAAAGGAAUAUGACGAUGUCACAAUCAAGAUGAUUUUUGCUAUAGUGCAAAUAAUUGGAUUUUCCAAUUCCAUUUGUAAUCCCAUUGUUUAUGCAUUUCUGAAUGAAAACUUCAAAAAAAAUUUUUUAUCUGUAGUCUGUUAUUGCAUAGUAAAAGAAACCUUAUCUCCAGCACGAAGGCAUGGAAGUUCAGGAAUAACAAUGAUGCAGAAGAAAGCAAUGUUUUCCCGCAGAGAGAAUCCUGUGGAAGAGACCAAAGGAGAAGCAUUCAGUGAUGGCAAAAUUGAAGUCAAAUUGUGUGAACAACGAGAGGAGAAAAAAUAUCUCAAAUGACAUCUUGCCCUGUUCAAUUCUGAACUUUCUGAGAAUUCUGCUUUAGGCAGUGGGCACUAAUUAUAACAAG